AUGUCUCACAUCGAUCCUUCCUUUCUCAUUCAGGCUGUCUCGGCUGUUCCCCUCAGUUCAUCGACAUCAGCUCAUCUGUUAGCGGUGCACACCCGGCUUCUCCAUGAGGAGUCCAAGUCAUUGAGUGUCCUACAGAAGAAAGAUCACUGCGGAGCCUGUGGUAGCAUUAGAAACGCCCAAUGGAGUAAAGUUACUAAAAUCAAGCCGAAAAAAAGCAAGCCUUUAAGCUCUGGAUCGGCAUCUGCGGGUGCCACAGUGUACAAGUGUUUACGCUGCCAGCAGCGGACAGUGCUACCUCGAAGGAAUUCAAGGAAGCCUGUCUCGAAACCUUCAUCUGGGGUAACUACGGUUACAUCUACUCGAGGGUCAACUCCUGUAGGGGUUGACGUGAAAGGUUCGACGCAGGCCUCAUCGGAUCCCAAGGCAGGUGACAACCAGAACAGCAAGAAGAGAGCCAAAGCAAGGAAGCAAGGUGGCCUUCAAGCUCUUCUAGCCUCCAAACAACGUGCCCAACCGUCACUCGAUCUGCUCGACUUUUUGCAGUAG